AUGCCAGACAAGCGGCUCCUCCUGAGCGCCUAUCGCUCAGGCUAUGUGCUGUGCACCGCCGACGCGGUCGUGCACCCCGCUAGCACCACGGAGACCGCCGAAGCCAUCAAAACCUACGCUGCGCUGGCUGACAAGCAGGGGAAGGCCCUGAAAAUCCGCAUGUCUCGCAACCUCUUCCACAGCAGCGCGGCUUUCCCCUGCCCCAACCAGGAGGUUGCGAUGCCCGCAGCCGUCGACAAGCCGGCGGGCGGCGUGCUCUCCCUCGCGCUCCUGAACGACCGGCUCAACACUGUGCUGGCGGUCGACCCCGCCAAGCACCAGAUGAGGGUGGGGGCCGGUAUGGACAUGAAGGCCCUGUUCCUCGCGGCUACCGCCAACAAGAUGAGCGUGCAGCUGAUGACGCUGCCCUUCUUCUCGGGCCUCACCCUGGGCGGCAUCCUGGCCACGGCCUCCCACGGCACCGGCGACAGGGUGGCCUCCGCCCUGGUGGACAUGGUGGUGGAGGCCGUCUGGGUCGACGCGGCCGGCACGGUGCACCGCUCCACGCGCGCCACCCCCGAGACCUUCAAGGCCCUCAACGGCGGCCUGGGCCUGCUGGGCGCCGUCACAGAGAUCGUGCUGCAGCUGACGCCCACCACCAACACGCAGCUAAAGACGCUGAUCAACCAGCCAGACGACAACAUCUACGAGGUCAUAGAGUCGCUGCUCAAGACCACGCCCCACAUCCUCAUCUUCUGGCGCCCCGACAUGAAGCGCUUCUCCGCCUUCCUCACCUCCAUCGCGCCCCCCGACGCUGACGUCACCCCCGACGCCGUCAUGUCGCUGCUGCCCGACACCAGCAUGAUGUUCGACAUGUCCUCCGGCUUCAAGGCCUGGCAGGCCGACAUCUACGACAAGGACCCCAUGCGCACCCUGUUCUGCACGUUCCCGCCCCCGGUGUCGCUGGUGCAGCAGCUGACGGUCAAGCGCGCGUGGGCGCGCAGGGGCGGGCGCUUCGGGGAGGACCUGCUGGAUGUGGUGGGCCCCACCAACCAGAUGCAGGCGGCCGAGUGCGACGACCACUGCCUGUGGAACGGGCAGCAGUUCAAGGGCACCGCGCAGGACGCCGAGUUCACGAUCGACUGGGACGGGUUCAGGCCUUGGGUCGAGGACGUCAAGGCGAUCUUUUACAAGGACCUCUGGCGCAACGGCACGCGCUCCGACCGCUGCCAGGGUGCCGGCUACCUCUGGCUGCGCUUCGGCCGCGGGACAGACGACUACAUCGCCACCACCCAGGGCAUGAAGCGCCCCGUGUACCUUCAGUCCACCUGGCUGCGCAACACAGAGGCGUGGCAGUACCCCCUGCGCUACGGCUACGUGCCAGAGCUGAUAGAGCACAUGACCCUGUGCAAGUAUAAGGGUCGCCCCCACGUCGGCAAAAACUGGGACCGCACCUUCACGCACCCACGGUGCCCAGUGCGCCCAAUGUACCCCCAGUUUGACCAGUUCCUGCGCGUGGUCAACAAGGUUGACCCCAAGGGCGUGUUUGCGCCGCCCCUGUGGAACAAGCUGGUCAAGCAGGAGCCCUACAAAUACUACCCUGGCUGCGCCACUGACUAUGAGUGCUUCUGCGAGACGGACGAGCACUGCUCCCCCGAGUUCAAGUGCGUGCCCAGCUACGCGUUGCCAGAGUUCAAGGUCUGCAAGCCGCCGGCCGACUGGGACCCCGAGCUUGCUCGCAACGGCAAGCCCAGCGGCCUUGCGAGACUGCUGCUCCCCAUCGGCAAGUGA